UGUCCUCACCUGUUGAAUACGACACACCGGACGCGGUGAGAAUAAAAUAAAAACAGGCCGUUUCAAAUCGAAAUCGCUUGUAGAAAGUCGUGCUUUAAAGUUAAGCAAUGACACUUUUACUGGAUAACCAAUUCCCACCGCUGCCGGAAAGCAAGGAGAUCAACACGAGAGUCUUUCUGGAGUCUGUCUCUCACCUGCCGCCUUUCUUCGAUUGUCUCGGUUCCAAAGUUUUUGCACCAAUUAAGGCUGACAUAAAUAGAAACAUUACAAAAAUUACAUCUGUCUAUGACUCUGAUCCGGUGAAGUAUGAGACCCUUCAGCAGAUCCUGUUAGCCGAGAAAAGCAUCCAUGGUUCAGAAUGGCCUAAAGCUGGAGCGACACUGGCACUGAUGUGGUUAAAAAGAGGUCUGCGGUUCAUUCAGAUUUUAUUGGAAAGUCUAUCUGAUGGAGAAAGAGAUGACGAAAAUCCCAUUCUUAUCCGCAUCAAUAUCACUAAAGCGUAUGAUCAAGCCCUCAAAAGGUAUCAUGGCUGGAUAGUCCAGAAGGUUUUCAAGGCUGCAUUAUUUGCCGCACCCUGCCGGUCGGAUUUUCUCAAAGCUUUAUCCAAGAAUCAUGAAGUUGCUGAGGAGGACUGCUUAUCUAAAGUUCGUCAGUUUUUAAUAAACUUCACUGCGACUGUGGAUGCCAUUUACGAAAUGUAUUAUACAAUGAAUGCUGAACUGGAUUACCAGGUUUAA